AUGGAUUGGUUUCUAGAAAGAAAAUUUCCACCACCUAUUUAUGGUUUGGAUGAUUUGCCAUGGGAUCCGGCUCAUCGAAACACUACAAGAAAUAUGAGCAUUAAUGCUGACAAUGUUGUCAAGAAAGAGAUCAUGAAGCUGCUGAAUGUUGGGAUCAUCUAUCCAAUAUCUGACAACAAUUGGGUUAGUCCGGUACAUGUUAUUCCUAAGAAGGGCGGAGUAACAGUGGUGAAGAAUGACAAGAAUGAGCUGAUCCCUACAAGGACAAUUACUGGUCAUAGGAUAUGCAUAGACUACAUGAAGCUGAAUGUUGCAACCCGAAAAGAUCACUUCCCGCUUCCUUUCAUUGAUCAGAUGUUGAAGAGGCUAGCUAAUCAUCCAUACUACUGCUUUUUGGAUGGCUAUUCCAGGUUCUUUCAAAUUCCAAUUCAUCCUGAUGAUCAAGAGAAGACCACUUUCACUUGCCCAUAUGGUACCUUUGCUUACCGAAGAAUGCCUUUUGGUCUCUGUAAUGCUCCUGCGACAUUUCAAAGAUGUAUGAUUUCUAUCUUUACUGAUAUGAUUGAAGACUUUAUGGAGGUAUUCAUGGAUGAUUUUUCAGUUUAUGGGUCUUCAUUCAAGAACUGUUUAGACAACUUAUGCAAGGUGCUAGCAAGGUGUGAAGAGAAGCAUCUGGUGCUUAAUUGGGAAAAAUGUCAUUUUAUGGUUAGAGAUGGCAUAGUGCUUGGCCACAGGGUUUCAGAAGCUGGAAUAGAGGUUGACCGCGCCAAGAUAGAGGUGAUGACAGGUCUUCAAAUGUCAAAGAAUGUGAAGGCAGUGAGGAGUUUUCUUGGGCAUGCAGGGUUCUAUAGGCGAUUCCUUAAGGAUUUCAGCAAGAUAGCUAGACCACUUUCUGCUUUGUUGUGCAAAGAUGUCAAGUUUGAAUUCACUGAUGAAUGCAGAAUAGCUUUUGAAAGGAUUAAGCAAGAGCUUGUGAGUGCUCCUAUUGUUCAGCCACCAGAUUGGGCUAUACCAUUUGAGGUUAUGUGUGAUGUUAGUGAUUUUGCAGUGGGAGCAGUGCUGGGACAAAGAAGAGACAAGAAGCUGCAUGCAAUCUACUAUGCAAGCAGAACACUUGAUGAUGCACAAAGAAAUUAUGCAACAACAGAGAAAGAGUUGUUGGCAGUUGUGUUUGCUUUUGAAAAAUUCCGGUCUUAUCUAUUUGGUUCAAAAGUCAUUGUUCAUACUGAUCAUGCUGCUUUAAAGUAUUUGAUGCAGAAGAAAGAUGCAAAGCCUAGACUUUUGAGAUGGAUUCUUCUUCUUCAAGAAAUUGACAUUGAAGUGAAGGAUAAGAAGGGAAUUGAGAAUGGUGUUGCUGAUCACUUGUCCAGGAUUAGAAUUGAUGAUGAUGUCCCAAUACAUGAUUGUUUACUUGAAGAACACGUCUAUUUUGUGGGUAUAGGGUUUCAGACUGAUGAAACAAAGAGUCUGUUCUCGGAUACAGAUGGUGUCGAUCGACAGCACACUGGCAUCGGUCGACACCCAUGUUUUCCCGAGACAGAUUGGUCGUAUGAUGGUGAUUUAGCUGCUGUGGUUAACUCCAAUCAACCCUGGUACGCUGAUAUUGCCAAUUAUCUUGCUGCAGAGGUAGAACCAGAGAAGUUCACUGGCUAUAACAAGAAGAGGUUAAUGAGAGAGCUUAGAAGAUACUAUUGGGAUGAACCUUACUUAUAUAAGCAUUGCAGUGAUGGGGUUUACAGAAGAUGUUUAGCAGAGAUUGAGGUACCUGACGUUUUGUUUCAUUGUCAUGGAUCUGACUAUGCAGGACAUUUUGCUACAUUCAAAACAGUGUCCAAGGUUCUCCAAGCAGGCUUUUGGUGGCCAACGAUGUUCAAAGACGCUCAUGAGUUUGUCUCAAGAUGCGAUGCUUGUCAGCGGAAAGGUCAAAUCAGUAAACGGAAUGAGAUGCCACAAAACUUCAUUCUUGAAGUUGAAGUGUUUGAUUGCUGGGGUAUUGACUUCAUGGGACCAUUUCCAUCUUCUUAUAUGAACAGCUACAUCUUGGUUGUUGUUGAUUAUGUCUCAAAGUGGGUUGCAGCGAUCGCCUGUCCGAAGAAUGAUUCUGCUGUGGUUCUUAAGCUGUUUAAGACCAUCAUCUUUCCAAGGUUUGGAGUGCCUCGAAUUGUUAUCAGUGAUGGAGGUAAUUACUUUAUCAAUAAAUCAUUUGACAAGCUGCUGAAAAAGUAUGGGGUUCAGCAUAGAGUGGCUACUCCAUAUCACCUUCAGACUAGUGGUCAAGUAGAGGUUUCCAACAGACAGAUUAAGGAGAUUCUUGAAAAGACAGUUGGUGUUACAAGGAAGGAUUGGGCUAUGAAGCUUGAUGAUUCACUUUGGGCAUAUAGAACUGCUUAUAAAACACCACUUGGCACCACACCUUUUCAUCUGAUUUAUGGGAAAGCAUGUCAUCUUCCAGUGGAGUUAGAGCACAAGGCAGCCUGGGCAGUACUUCUUUACAAUUCUCGUUUGAAGCUAUUCCCAGGUAAACUCCGUUCCCGUUGGUCUGGUCCUUUCACUGUCCAAGAAGUUAGACCAUAUGGAGCCAUUGUGUUGCUAAAUUCCAAGGGAGAGAAGUUCACUGUUAAUGGUAAAAGGGUGAACAAUUAUUGGGCAAAAGCCGAGAUACUAGACGGGCACAUUGUGCGUUUGGACGAAGCACCCUCCGCCUAA